UGCCAAAUGUAGUAAAGUGAAUGUUGCAUAUGAGGAAAACUAAAGCAUCAAGGUAUGAAGAAAAAUUCUAAAAACAAGAACUCCAGGGCUUCUGAUAUAGAAGUUAACUUCGUGAAUGCUGAACAGGAAAGAAAUGAGAGUCAAAAUAACUUUGUUGAACAGCUGCCUGUGGAAGUCACGCUUAAAAUCUUCAGUCAGCUAGACAUUCGGAGUUUGUGCAGGGCUUCCAUGACGUGCAAGAGCUGGAAUUAUGUGAUAAGAAAGAAUGAUUCCUUAUGGAAAUCCCACUGCUUGACCGUAAGAGCUGUGUGCCAAAGAGAAAUAGAUGACGACCUAGAAAAUGGCUAUUCCUGGAGGGUAAUACUACUAAGGAAUUACCAGAAGAGUAAAGUGAAACAUGAAUGGCUAAGUGGCAGAUACAGCAACAUAUGUUCUCCAGUUAGCCUACCAGAGAAAAUCAUGUACCCCAUGGAUGCAGAUACAUGGGGGGAGAUUCUAGAAGCAGAACUGGAAAGAUAAGCAGAAAAAAAAAAUCAGAAACAGAUCUCCCAAUUUGGAGAGUUUAAAAUGACUCUGAGCUUGUUGUGUGAGGUUUACCUUAAUCUGCUUAUUUUCUGUCACCUUUUAAUAUUUAAAAGUGAAAAUAGUAUAAUAGUAAAAUUUUAUUUUUCUUUUGCACUAAAGUAAAAAUAUUUUCUGAUUUUAUUGUAAUGUGGAAAUCAUGAAGUGUUAUUUUUACAAGAAAUAUUGAUGGACUUGUUUCCGGAUGCAGCAUGUUUUGGUGUUAGUAUGUCACAGGACUCUCAAUGAUAGAAUUUGACUGGUAUUUUCAACUUAAUGAUAGUUUGAAAGCUCGGGAAAUCACUUGAAGAAACUGACUUUAAGAUUCAUUAACUGGUAGAAAUAACCAGUCUCCUAGGAAAACCAACUAAAUAAAAUGAACAUAUUUCCAUGACUAGUAAACUUAUUUCAAUAACUUUAAAAUUUUCAUUUCAGUGGACUUCAGAUCGAAUUGUCAAAUAGUGAACAUGUCCUAAAAUUUGUUAAACCUGUGAUUUAGUUUAAAAUUAAAUCUUUAGGCAUAAAGCUUGUCCUAUUACUUUCCUACAAACUGGGGGUUGCUUUCAUGGGGCAGAAAAUAUAUGGAAAGCUUUCAGAAUAACGGCAUCAGAAGUGCCAUCCUGUUUGAUGGUGGCUGAACCUUCCAACAUCCUUAUAGCGCCAUCUAGUGUACUUCUCCUAGAUACCAAGACAAAAGGACCAAGUUCCUUAGCUUCCAUAGUGAAAAGAAAGAAAAGUAAUAUUUUUAAGAAACCUCAAAAUAAUUGUUUUUGUAAAGUUUAGGUGUGCAGAAAAAUUUGUUUCUUUUAAAAUCAAAUUAUAUAUGUCUCACUACAGUAGCUUUAUCACUCUAAAUCUCUGGUCAGCAUCAUAGUAAAAAGUGUCUAAAGUGUUUUAAUUAGUUGAGGUUUUCUUCUUAUAAUUUGCUCCAUAG